CCGCGGUUGCUGUUUUCUCUUGAACAUUAUUACAUUCUACAAACAGCCACCGGGAUUGCCGCUGCCAGUGGGAUGCCGGACACAAUUAAUAGAGACAGACCAAAGCUACAUUAAUUUUUGUACUUUAUCCAAUAUAUUUUCGCUAUUAAUAGGACAGGGGUCGUCACACGCGGAGUAAGUUAGCUAGCGUUAAAAUAUAGCUUAACUGUCCUUAAACAGUUGUGUUCUCACCCAGAAAGAAAAAUGUCGGAAGAGAACAUUAGCUUGUUUGAGUUGUUGGAUUUAGCCAUCGGGACACCCCAGAGAGGAGCUGUGAACUUCAGCGCCCUACACGCCCUGCUCCACGCUGUCCUCGGGCAGCUGGAUAUUCGGGAGAUAAAGACCCCGUUUAGGGACGCACACCCUGAUGCUCUGGUGGGUUUCACCCCUCCCCAACUGGACCACGACGCAGAGGAGGAACAGCACCAGUUGGACGGGGACAUUUCCACGGGGCAGCAGGAGCGGGAAGCCUCCUCCUCCUCACCCCCGACCCCCUCCUCCGGUCCCGCGGUGACCGACCAGUGGAGGCUGCAGUCCCGCAUGCAGACCUGCGAGGACGGCAUCGCCAAGGCCAUGAAGCUCAUACAGGAGGUCCGAAGCCAAAAUCUGAAGAAUUGGAAGAAAGACAGAAAUAAAAAGAUGAAAGAAGAGACGGAGGAAGAGACGGAGGAAGAGAUGAAGGAAGAGAUAGAAGACGAGACGGAGGAUAAGACGGAGGAAGAGAUGAAGGAAGAAAUGGAAGACGAGACGGAGGAUGAGACGGAGGAAGACAUGACGGAAGAGAUCAAGAAAGAGACGAAGGAGCUUCGCCUUCAGAUGAAGAUGGUUGGUGUUCCAUCAGGGACGGCCUCAGAUAUGGAGAAGUGCUGCCGCCGUGUGGACGCUCUGGAGAAAAGUGUGAGGUCUGUGAGGAACACACUUCAGAAGUAUCCGGACCCAAAGGAGCUCAGUCAGUGUGUGACCUGGGACGACAUGAAGUCCACUCUGCUCAGCGAGAGAGAAAACCUGCAGAAGGAGCUUGUAAAUUCAGGGGUUGUUGAUCCAGCCGCAUACGGACCUUUCAACAGCCACUUUACUGCUGUAAGAACUGCGCCUUCUCAUACAAGCACGCCCUGCUCCCCCCACCCUGUCCAGGAUAUUGGCAGGACAGAAGCUCCUAGUCCUCUUUCCAUUGCUCAACAGAUUUCAACAGACAUCCUGAAGGCCACGGAGCCUCCUUCAAUGCCGUCAGCGCCACCACAGCAUCCUGCAGCAGGCCCGACAGCUGCCGGUGCGCCCCUGGCUCCGAAGGCCAGCGGCUCAGAGACGGCGGAGUCACUGACGAGCAUCGGCAAAUUUACGGAGGGGUUUGGCAAGCUAGAAGCUCGUGUUGCUGCUCUGGAAGAAGAUAAGGUGGACCAGUCACAGCUGAUGCACCUUAAAAAGCUCAUCACUAACCAUGACUCCCAGGAUGCAUUGAAUAACCUGAUGGAUCAACUGAACCAGCAGCAGAAUGAAAUAGACAGCCUGAUAAGGGACCGGGAGAAGCUGGACAUGUCAAUGAACGUAACCGGCUACGACAAAGAAAGCCCCUCAGAGGCAGCUUCAGGGAGCGAGGAGUCAGACAGCAAAGCCUCUCAUGAGCUCAGACAUCAAAUAUACUACCUCAGGAAGUCUUUGCAGAAGCUGGAGGACGACAUGAAGCAGCUAAAGGCUAGACAGGCAUCAUCUAUGGAGAGAGCAAAAGACCGACACCUACAAGAUCAGCUUGACGACCUGCGAGGCAUGUUGCAGGACAUGAUGCAGUCCUUGACCUGUCAGCUGUCCGAUGCUGGGCUGGAUGAGAGCAGGGAUAGCCAGGGCAUCGGUCAGAGUAAAGAUCAGAGAUCAGACUUGACCACCAGCACAGUGAACAUGGGCAGGAAGCUCAGCCUUCUGUUCCAGCACUAUGAGCAGCUGCAGGACACAGUGAACAGCCUUCUCCAACAGCAGACUGGAGGCAGAGCAGAGCCACUGAAGGACAUAGAGGACAUGCAGCUGGUGAACGAUGUGCAGAAGGUGAUCCUGCACCUUCAAGCAGAGUGUCAAAAGCUGCAUGAAACCACCAGAUGUCUGCACGAGGACAACAGACAGAAACAAAGCCACAUAGAGGAGCUUUACAAGACGACAGAGGAGCUGGAGGAGAAGAAGGCCGACAAGGAGAUGGUUGCGAGUGAAAUUAAAGCAGAUAAAUUUGCUCUGGAGAGCAAAGUGAGCCGUCUGCAAUUUGACUCUGUGACAGAGCAACUCAACGCCAUGUUCCACGAGCUGCUGAACAAGGUGACAGGUCAUGAGCAGGACUGGUACAAAGUGGUCAACAAACUCUCUACCGAAAUGGAGCGUAAGUUGAAUAGGAUGGAGUUGGACUCUGUGAAGGAUCAGCUGGAAAAUCGCUGGAAGAACAUCCACGAGAAGCUGCAGGCUCAGGGGGCACCAGAGCACGAAGAUGCUGCUGGUAUCAGAAAACAACUCGUGGAUAGAUUUCACUGCCUCUCUUGUGACCGACCUGUUGUCAUGCACACCCCUGGACAGCAUCUGGUGAAGCAGCCGUCCACUCCUGGAUUCCCCUCACACAAGUCCAUCAGGCCGUUUACUGUUUACGCUCUGGAGCAGUUUCGACAGCACUACAGGAGUCUGAAACCAGGGUCCAACCGCUACAACUUUGUGGUAGCUGGCAGGAGAAGGGAGCAGCUCCAGAAGAGCCAUGCUGUGAUGUGCAGACAGAUAGAGAGCAUACAGAGGAAACACUGGGACAGUACCCCCAGCUACGGCACAGCGGGCGACAGCCUGAUCCAAAACCAGCCGGGAGUCCUGCACGAGCGGAUCUCUGAAAUGACAGACUACGGUCACUUGGCUGCGUCGCGGAGCUGCGGGGGGAGUCACACGGUUACCUUGGCAGGCCAGCGACGCCCCGUCCUGCAGUUCAUGAAGCACAACCCCCAGACAGAGGUGGACGCUGUGAUUCCGUCGGAGGAGGUUGAUAUCAUUGGACUGGACGGGCAUAUUUACAAAGGUCGCCUGAAUGCAUCUACCAUCAGAAAUACAGAAACUAAACUACCUACAAUCUCUACCAAAGACGGCGUGUGCAAAACCAAAGACAAGGCAAGGUGCUCCCCGUCCCUCAAACCGGCUUCUUCUCCAGAGGUGGGACACAGCCCUCCGGUUUAUCCACCCCACAGUGCCAAGAGUGCCCAGUGCAGCCGCUCAACCUCCAGCAGCUCCGGGCGGGACUGGCCCGUGUCGGCUCUGGGCUGCACGUCUAUGCUCGGCUCUGUCUCUCCGGCCUCAGCUGCAGCGGUGAGCCUGAACUUAGAGCCUGCUUCUGAGCAGCUGCUCAACAUGUAAGGGCCACCACUCAGCUCUGCUGGUUUUCAUAUGGAAUUAACCUGCUUUAAUC